AUGGGUAACACAAACGGGCAAUUUCCUGAAGGCGCAAAAGGGCACUUGGGCAUAGUAGAUAUAGUGGUUGUUGGUAUCUACAUGAAGAGUAGUGUAGAUGUAAUAACUCUCAUGGCUGUGACCAAAAAGUUUUAUCGUUUCACUGAAGCUUACAAAUACAACGUUGUCCCUGUCUUGUCUAAAAAAUUGUUUCCAGCAAUGGAGAAGCAAUUUUUGUAUAGUGACAAAGACGAAAUAAUCGAAAGUGUGCCGAAACAAGUAGUGACAUACCCCGUGACGUACUCCGACUUUUCUAAUUGCGACGAUGAAAAGCUUAUUUUUAUGAAGAUUAAAUACACUGCGGACGACUCCAAAGACUUUGGAGAAGAUAUUCCAGAGGAUGUUAAUGUGCUUUCCAACUGUUUUGAUAAGAAAAUCAAAACCAUCGAAAUUCCGCAACAAAUUGGAUCGGUUGAAGAGAGUGCAUUGAGUGGAUUAACGCGAUUGACACGUGUUGAUUUGGGUAAUAUAUUUGUAUUGCCACCAAGAUGCUUCUUUGGUUGUAAAGCAUUGAAGGAAAUAGAUUUAAGCAAUGUGGUGUCACUUGGGGCUUCAUGCUUUGCGCAAUGCACCUCUUUGAGUAAAGUGACGUUAUGCGACGAGCUUAGACACAUCGGGAGAGGGUGUUUUUCCUUCUGUAAGUCGUUGUCCACCUUUGAAAGUGAAAAUCUUAAGGAAAUACACUCCAAAGUUCCACUGUGGUUGUCUAAGAUUUUUAAUAAGUCUGGGAUCACGUGUUCACAAGUUGAGUUUUCACUGGAAGACAAGGACCGGUACGGCAAUGAAAUACCAGAAGGCGUUGUACACAUCUCUUCUGGAUGUUUUGAACAAUCAAAUUUUUUGAAAGAGAUAGUAAUACCAAACACUGUCACAUCUAUUGGAGAAAGCGCCUUUGGGUUUUGUGGCAUGUUGAGUAAAGUUGUUCUUCCACAAACCAUCAAGUCAUUACCACAAAAGUGUUUUAGAUAUGACUACUCUAUCACUUGCAUUGAAAUACCUACAACAAUUACUCAUAUAGGAGAGGAGUGUUUCCUUGACUGUUGCAAUAUCAAAGAAAUAAGUCUGGAAAAAGGAGUCCAAUUGGACAAAUACGCAUUCUCCAAUUGCUUAAGGCUCACUGAUUUACCAGAACAAGUCACAAUGAUCAAAAAUGAAUAA